CAGUUGAAGUAAAUUCUGGUAAUCAGAAGAUGUGGGUCUAUAGAGUGCUCAUCCUUGCGGUCCUUCUACAUACUUGUUUUUCACGCCUGAUUAAUAUUCUUCCUCCUCUGAGAGACCUCAAUGACGUCAAUGCAAAUUCGGACCACAAACAGAGGCUCUGUCAAAAAACAAUUUAUGUCAAUUGUGGUAACAAAGAUUCGAAAGACAGCAAUGAAAAUGGAGGGUUUUUAGAAGUACCAGCGGACAGCACCACUCCUCAAAGAGACAUCGUCAAUACGAAUUCUGAUGACAGAGGGGGGAAAGACACGACUGAAAAUUCGGAAAACUCAGCGGGAGGAACAACAACUGCUAUGCACAACUGGGGAUAAGAGACUUCUGUUUAACAUAAUUAGGAUGUGUUGCAGAUCUGGAUUACAUUUCACUGGUACUGGUUUCAAACCCUGUACGGAUUCAAUUCUUUCUUUGCAAUAAAGUUAUUCAAAACAUCU